AUGUUUUUUAAUUUCAUUUUCUUCCUUGAUUCAUUUUGUCUUUCUUUCUUUCUUUCUUUCUUACUUUUUUUUUCUUUUAUUUAUUCUUUCUUUCUUUCUUUCUUUCUUUAUUUCUUUCUUUCUUUUGUUCUUUCUUUCUUUCGUUCGUUCUUUCUUUCUUUCGUUCGUUCUUUCUUUCUUCUUUCAUUCUUUUCUAAUUUCCGUUUCGCAUUAUCUCCUAUGUUUUUUAAUUUCAUUUUCUUCCUUGAUUCAUUUGCUCUUUCUUUCUUUCUUUCUUUCUUUCUUUCUUUUUUUCUUUCUUUUUUUCUUUCUUUAUUCUUUUUUUCUUUUUUCUUUUCUUUCUUUCUUUCUUUCUUUUCUUUUCUUUUGUUCUUUCUUUUCUUUCCUUUUCUUUCGUUCGUUUUUUCUUUCUUUCUUCCUUUCAUUCUUUCUUUUCCUUUUCGCUUUAUUUCGUAUGUUUUUUUCUUUCAUUUUCUUUCUUUGAUUCAUUUUUUCUUUCUUUCUUUCUUUUCUUUUUUCUUUUUUCGUUUUUCUUUCUUUUUUUUUUUCUUUCAUUCUUUCUUUCUUUUCUUUCUUUCUUUCACUUUUUCUUUUUUGUUUUUCUUUCUUUUUUCUUUCUUUCUUUUCUUUCUUUCGUUCGUUCGUUUUCGUUCUUUUCUAAUUUCCUUUCGCAUUCGUUCCUAUGGUUUUUAA